AUGAUUAAUGAACAGUAUUUAAAAGUAAUUGAUAUCAAAAUACACCCUGAAUAUUAUAAAACUGAUAUUAAUACCAUUACACCUGAUGAUAUCAGUAACACAGCUGAUAAAACAUGUAAGUUCUUUAUAAUAAAGUACGAUAUUACACCUGAUGAUAUCAGUAACACGGCUGAUAAAACAUGUAAGUUCUUUAUAAUAAAGUACGAUAUUACACCUGAUGAUAUCAGUAACACGGCUGAUAAAACAUGUAAGUUCUUUAUAAUAAAGUAUGAUAUUACACCUGAUGAUAUCAGUAACACGGCUGAUAAAACAUAUAAGUUCUUUAUAAUAAAGUACGAUAUUACACCUGAUGAUAUCAGUAACACGGCUGAUAAAACAUAUAAGUUCUUUAUAAUAAAGUAUGAUAUUACACCUGAUGAUAUCAGUAACACGGCUGAUAAAACAUAUAAGUUCUUUAUAAUAAAGUAUGAUAUUACGCCUGAUGAUAUCAGUAACACGGCUGAUAAAACAUGUAAGUUCUUUAUAAUAAAGUAUGAUAUUACACCUGAUUAUAUCAGUAACACGGCUGAUAAAACAUAUAAGUUCUUUAUAAUAAAGUACGAUAUUACACCUGAUGAUAUCAGUAACACGGCUGAUAAAACAUAUAAGUUCUUUAUAAUAAAGUACGAUAUUACACCUGAUGAUAUCAGUAACACGGCUGAUAAAACAUAUAAGUUCUUUAUAAUAAAGUAUGAUAUUACACCUGAUGAUAUCAGUAACACGGCUGAUAAAACAUAUAAGUUCUUUAUAAUAAAGUACGAUAUUACACCUGAUGAUAUCAGUAACACGGCUGAUAAAACAUAUAAGUUCUUUAUAAUAAAGUACGAUAUUACACCUGAUGAUAUCAGUAACACAGCUGAUAAAACAUGUAAGUUCUUUAUAAUAAAGUAUGAUAUUACACCUGAUGAUAUCAGUAACACAGCUGAUAAAACAUGUAAGUUCUUUAUAAUAAAGUACGAUAUUACACAUGAUGUAAUAUGA